AUGUACUAGUUUGUAAUUAAUAUGUUUAAUUCAAGUUGUAAAAUUGCAUUAAUUAGAAGCUACUUUUUUGGUGUUAUUGCUGCAGCAUGAGCACUUGUGGCUAAACGAGAGCUGGUUAAAUUAAAUGUAAUUUUCUUUUUAUAAAUGGCCACCAUGGAAAUAGUUUCAGGCGCAAAGUUAUCAGUGUCAAGAAAACGGAAAACUUCAGGACUGUUUCUUUUCUUCCCCUCCUUUUACCUCUCAGUCCAAUCAGUGUCACAGCAACAGGAAUAAUAAUUCACGGCGCACACUGAUCAACCGGGACAGACCUCUGCUUUAGACUUUUCCACUUUUUUUUUUUUUUUUAAUUUUAUUAAAAACAAAACACCACAGUCUGCGAGUAAAGCAUUCACAUAGCAGAAUACGGGACAAGGCUGGCGUCUCUCGUGUUAUCUUUAAGCAAUAAAACAUUACCGGCUAUCAGAUUAUGCUCAGAAAAAUCCCCUCCAGAUUAUCAAUUACUCUUCUGAUGGAGGAAACAACCGCGAUGAAAAGCCUGUGGUUGGAAUGGGACACACACAUUGACCAGGAAGGGGGACGUAAAUCUACCCAGCGACCAAACAUAACGAUUGCAAAUAUACAAACACCUCAAUUAUAGCAGUGCAGAGCCCGCAUUAAAUUGUAGACAAACUCGCAUACCCACCGCACGAACACGCACGCAAAUGGGACCACACAUGAGCCGUGUGCGCGCGCGCCCGGCAGUGAUUUACGCUCGACAAAUUCAUUUUAAUGCGGUCGGUAUUAUCUGCAAAGCACCGGGAAUAUGUUUUAUUAUUCGGUUGCCUCCAGUGGUGCAGCAGAGGCACCCCCCUCACACACACACACACCCCUCCCCUCCCCUCGGGGAGAAGCGUGUGCGUGUGUGUGAUGCUGGGUUUUAUGGAUCCAGCAACAGACGGAGGAAGACACACAUGGGGAGAAAGAAUCAAUUUAACGCGCCGAGGAUUCCGGUGUGAUUGCGUAAUUUCACCGGGUACCAGAGGAAGAUUAGAAAGAGAGAUCGGAUGAGAAUUAGAAAAGAGAGAACGGGAGAUUUGAGGAAGGGAAAUAGGAAAAGCGUGAGGUGGUGGAGGCUGGAUGGUGGUGGUGGUGGGGGCUCGCGGUAGUUCCCAGACCCCCUCCUCUUCCUCCUCUCUCCAACUGGAGGCGGACGAAUGCCAGGCACGGAAGCCUCCCAUUGGUCAGUCGGGGGUCAGCUGGUCUCCGUCUCCCCCCUUAUUCCCCUCCUCACCCCAUCCCGUAUUCUCCACUCACAUACACACGCACUCGCUCUCGCUCUCUCUCUCUCUCUCUCCCCCUCGCCCCCCUCCCUCCCUCGCUGUAUGUCCCACACUGGCACACAGCCACCCCGAUAACCCCCACCCUCACCCUCCUCACCCCCUCCUCCCAAUCUGCGAUAAACUAGCCUAAGUGAUAGCAGCAGCCCGUCGGACUGUCGGCUAUAAAACACAACAAAUCAUAAAGUGCAGGCAGGGGAAGGCAGAGGAAGGAGGACGGGAGGGAGAACCGUUAGCCGUUAGCCUCCGUCUACUCCUCUUCAUCGCGUCAACGUUGUUGUUGUGUUUGUUUCGUGCCCUCCUGUCCUCCCCUCUCCUCUCCUCUCCUCUUCUUCUUCUUCUCCUCGUCUCUUCUCCUCCUUCCACUUUCUCCCGAUGAGUUCCUAUUUUGUCAACUCCUCUUUCCCGGUGACGCUACCGGGCACCGGCGGAGGCGCGCAGGCGGCGGCGGCAGCGGCGGCGGAGUCGUUCCUGGGUCAGAUCCCACUUUAUUCGUCGGGAUACGCGACCGACCACCCGCUCAGGCACUACCCGGGGGCGGCAGCUGUUACAGCUGCCGCGGCGGUGGCAUACAGCGCGAGCGGAGGCGGCGUGCACCAGGACAAACCGUACGCGGCGUCCACCUACUACCAACAGGCGGCCAACGGAGCGUACAGUGGGCACCGGGCGGCGGCGGUAGGGGUCGGUGUGGGGGGUGCAACCGGAGCAGGUUCCUGUAACUAUGCCGCGGCUGCCACGAGCUUCUACCGGGAUAAGGAGCACCCGUGCAGCCUGGACGAGCACCAGCUCUUGCUAAGCCCGGACGGAAUGCACCGUAAAGCGGAGUGCGCGGGGGUCAGCGGGAAGGGGCUAUUCGGCGAGAUGGACGACAAGCAAGCGGCGUCAGCCCCCAUUUAUCCGUGGAUGCAGCGGAUGAACGCGUGCAAUGGGACCUUCGGCAGCCCCGGGAGACGCGGCCGUCAGACGUACACGCGCUACCAGACACUCGAGCUGGAGAAGGAGUUCCACUUCAACCGGUACCUCACGAGGCGGCGGAGGAUCGAGAUCGCGCACGCGCUCUGCCUCACGGAGCGGCAGAUCAAAAUCUGGUUCCAAAACCGGCGGAUGAAGUGGAAGAAGGAGAACAAGCUGAUCAACUCCUCUUCAUCGUCGUCCUCGUCCUCCUCCUCCACGGCGAACGGUGCCGACGAAGAGGAGAAACGGACGGAGUGAAAGAGGGAAGGGGAGAAUUUAAAUAAGCUGAAAUGACACGUAUAUAUAUAUAUAUAUAUAUAAAAAAAAAAAUGAGAAUGAGGAGGAUGGAGGAAAAGACACGUUGGUUGAUCCCUUCCCAUCUCGAAAGUUCGUCCAGACAUUCGUCUGAUGUGAAUACUCUGGGAAAAUGUAUCCUACAUUUUUUUUAAGAAAAAAAAAACAAAACAAAAAAACAUGUAGAGAAGAGUGGGAGAGAAUUCCCUUCUCCCUGCCGUUUUCUUUAGGCUGUAUUUUGCCUCUCUUUGUGGUCUAAUUGUUGGAAAUAAGUUGUAAAAAAAAAAAAAAUAAAAAAAAAAUAAAAAAGACUCUAGAGAAAGAGCCGAGAAACUGUGGAAAGGACAGAUAAAAUGAAGAAAUGGGGGGAAAAAGGGAAACGUGGGGGGGUCGAGGGGUCAGGCUAUAUUACAUCCAAAGUAUUAAAUACAGUAGGCUAAAGCAGCAAUCGGUGACACGUUUUUUUUUUUUUUUUUUUUUUUUGAAACACUAUUUCUUGAAGCAUUCCAAGAAAACCACCAAACUUUUCGUCUCUUUUUUUUCGUUUAUCAUUAUCACUUUUAUCAAAUAUAGCCUACUUCUUAUCUUCUGUCGGCACUUGUUUUAAAGCUUUGGGACUUGACCCCUAUCUCCCCCAUUUUCCUUAACAUCUUUAUUAUUAUUAUUAUUAUUAUUAUUAUUUUGUAAAUGUGUUGUGUAUUAUACCUUGAAUUUAAACGUGCGAACACGCUCUGCACGUACAAAACAAUGUGGGGAGGGGGGGGGGGCAAAAGUAUCGAAGACGUGGAUCUGUGUCAUAUUUAAAAUGUAGUCUGUAGAAAUCAGCAAGGACAAAUAUCUUUGUACAGUGAAAAUAGUGUAAUUUCGGGUGAGGGUAAUUUAACCUUUCUAGUUGUAUACUUUACCAGUAUAGAGGGGGGGGAGUGAGGGCGGGGUGUGGGUAGGGGUGGGGGGUGUUAACCUACUGAUGUUAUUCUCCAAACUACCUAAAGACGUUCAGGAAAAGUGUAGCCUAUAUUUUAUGUAUUUUUACAUUGUUUGUUUAUGUUAGUGUUUUUGUCAAGUAAUUACGUAUACUACCUAUGAGAAAUGUUCAAUAAAACGUUAAGAAAUAAA